GCUGCUUCCAGCGGCCCCCCCUUUGCCGGGCGGGGCGCGGGGUGCACAGACUCCGGCAGCGCGCACUCUGCCCGGCGCCGCCCGCCUCCAGCGCAGCCUCCCCGCCCGGCUUCCAGGGCGCCGGCUGCCCCUGACAUGCUCUGCCCCAGCGAGGAGGAGCCGUCGUGUUAGUGCCCCGGACGCCUGGCUGGAGAGACAAGGAAAGGCUCUGCCGCCCAGCCCCAACCCAGGGUGGAGAUCAAGGUGGCACCUGAUCCGAGGCGUCCGGCCCCCAGCACUGGAUGAGAAUUCUGCUGUUGCCUAGAGCGCACUGAUCGGGCCCGGCAGCAUGGACUUCGUCAUGAAGCAAGCGUUAGGGGGGGCCACCAAGGACAUGGGGAAGAUGCUGGGUGGAGAGGAAGAGAAGGAUCCCGACGCGCAGAAGAAGGAGGAGGAGCGGCAAGAAGCCCUUCGCCAGCAGGAGGAGGAGCGGAAGGCCAAGCACGCCAGGAUGGAGGCUGAGAGGGAGAAGGUCCGGCAACAGAUCCGGGAUAAGUACGGCCUGAAGAAGAAAGAGGAGAAGGAGGCGGAGGAGAAGGCGGCGAUGGAGCAGCCGUGCGAGGGCAGCCUGACGCGCCCCAAGAAAGCCAUCCCGGCGGGCUGCGGGGACGACGACGACGAGGAGGAGGAAAGCAUCCUGGACACGGUGCUCAAGUACCUGCCCGGGCCCCUCCAGGACAUGUUCAAGAAGUAACAGCCCCGGGCCGCCCCCCCGGGCCCGCCCCUAUACACCGGGGCGCACUGGGCUGGGGGAGUGUUUUCAUUUCUUUUAUUUCAUUUGAUUUUUGUUCCAACUCAGUUUCGAAGGGAAGAUCCCAGAUGUGUCCCCUGUGCCCAGAACCCCUCGCUGCUCCAGUGGGGCGGACGAGGCAACCAGACCAAAAACCACCCCCCGCCUGCUGAGCUCCGGGCAGCCGGAGCCCCAGGCCGGGCACUGCCAGGAGCCCCGGGCUCCCCCUUCCUCCCUCGCCCCUCAGCCGUACGGAGUCGGAGUUCUGUUGUGCCAAAGUGCCGGCCGGCUGCUUGGCACAUCCCCCCGGCCGUGGGGGGCGAACUGGGACCAAAUUCACUGCAGUAACCUCACGUCGGGUGGAGGGUGGGGCAGACGGCAGGGAAAGGCAGGGCUCUGCCCGCUCUCCAUGCCCCCUCCCUGCCCUUCACUAACUUCAGACAUUCCUCAGUCCCACGCUGUGUGCCUGCUGCCAGGGGUUAGGGACGUGCGGGCAGCAGGAGAGCACCCGCAGGCUGGGGGCUGUGCCCCCCAUGCCUCCUGACACUGCCUGGAAGCAACCCACGGAGCAGCCCACGCUCUCCAGCUGGCGGGCGUAGGUGUCCUGCCGGGCCAGGUUCCAGGGGCUGGCACAGAGGGGACAUGGUGGGCUACCGGGCUGGCUCCCAGCGGCGCCGCCCCACGGCUCUGCCCCCCAGUGCACUGCCCAUUUCUGUUGCCUUUUGUUUGGGCUUCGGGAAGGGGCUGCUGGGUCCGGCCCCUCCGCUGGUGCUGGGCAGCCACACGCUGCCCCUCACCUGCACAGCAAGCCCCGGGGAUGGGCCUGGAGCAGGGGCUGCAGGACACAGAGGGACGCGUGGACUCCCCAGAUAGCCCUGCCCGGGGCAGCGGGGAACUUGGGGGGGCUAGGGGCGGCUGGAAGGAAAGACAAAGCCUUCCUCACCCCUGUGCCCCCAACCCCUCCGUGGCCCCGGGCACAACCCCAGCCAUCCCUGUCCCCUGCACAGCCCAGCCGGGGGCGGGGGGGGGGCAUCCCUGGCCGAGCUCGGCCCUUGGGGGGGCAAGCCGGGCACCCUUUGCCAUAGUCAGGCCCCUGCUCAUUAAGGCAAACGGUUGGAGAGGAGCUUCAUAAAAAAAACAAGGGGCAGAGCUAGGCCCAAGGAACGGGGGCUUCCCACCUCCCCUCCCAGCCCUGCUGCACGGCGGGUGGGGGGAGGUCUGGGUCUGGGGACAAUCCUGGCACGUUGCCAGAGGGGUUUAACGUGGGGCCUGAGCCCAGAGGGUGGACCCAGCACUUAGCCCUCCUGGCGCCCCCUACUGAGUGAUUCCCAUUAUGGCAGGGCCGCUGGGGGUGGGGGGGUCCCACUCAGCCCACUUCCCACCCUGACGCUCGCCCACAUUCCUGCUAUGCCCAUCGCUGUGGUAUCUGGGCACCAAAGCCCUUCCCCAGCCACCCUCAGGCAUCCGUGCCCGCUGACACCCCCCGAGCCCUGGCAGGAGGAACCCGUCCUUAUGCAGCGCUCAGCUGGUAUCUCUGGGCCCCGCUCCUCCCCUGCAUGGCUCCAGGGAGCCUCCCCCACCAACACCCCUGAAAAGCUGCCCUGGCUCGUCCCUCCACUGCAGCCCCAGCCCCCGCCAGGCAGAGCGAGGUGGCUGAGAGCUGCCCGCCCCCCCGAAGUGCUGGCUCCCCUCCUGCCCUGUUGAGAAGAGGGUGGAUUGUCCCCCGAGGCGGGUUCAGAGGCCCGGGGCUUGUCUCCUGUUUCCCUGAGGGGUUUCUUUGCUUGGGGGGGGGGUCCUGAUUGCAUCCCAGGGUUCCCAUUUUCCAGGGGUUUUGUUUUUGCGUGCGGGUUGAAUUUGAGAGAAGCCACGAAGUCUCCCUCCGCAUCUGUGUCCUUCUCCGAUAGUUAAAGCCAUAUCAGUUAGACUGCAAUACUUCAACGCACUCCAGCGAGCCGCACCGCCACGCUCUGCACCUGUGCAGAGGAGCAGACCCAGGCGGGAUCCCCCCGACCCCCCAACGUCCACGUCUCAGGCCACCCCGUUGGCCCGUGUGUGUUUCUGCAUUAGUGUUUGUGUAACAGGGUAAACACCCCAACCCUCUCAUCCUGUCUGCUAGUCACUGCACCAGAUGGUCACCACAUGGCCCAGGGGACCCCAGUGCCAGGCAGGGUAACGUGGGGUGGCCAGGGGCCCAGGACUAGGAGGGGCGGGCACUGCGUGGGGCGAUGGCAUCCAGGGCUGACAAGAGCAGGGGAACGGGGGGACAAUUGGGCCGGGGGCCUGAGGUCAGGCAGGGGGGUGACAUCUCUGUGUAAACAAAGUGAACUGGGAGGGGGUGGGGCUGCAGUGACCAUGUGGUCCCAGGACCUUCCCCCCCCCCAUGUCGUGUGAUGAGCCUGCCCAUCACGCAUUGUGCAGCGAAGCACCGUGCAUUGUGUUUUCCCCGCAUGCCUGCAAGGAGGGAGGGUGGGGGUCACCUGCUGCGCUGCCCAGGGCCCCCCCCCCCCAGCUCAUUUCACCUGCUUCCAUUGGCUGACGCUCCAUGGCUGAAUGGCUGAUGUCUGCAAACUGCAAUAAACACAAACUCUACCAUGGGGCAAAGGGCUGAUAAGCCAGACCCGGCUCCCCCCGGGGUGGCCUGCGUUUGGUUUAUACUUUUACCACUAGACCGAGAGGUCUGCGACCCUCUGCAGAGGAGGGGGGCUGGAGCCGGCAGCGCGUCUGCCUGCCCCUGGGGUCCUGCUGGCCUACGCAGCUGCUCUUCACGGCUUGGUGAGACGGAGCCGGUCAGCAGCUCACCGGUGUAUGCGCCAAAGGCCAAGUCCCUUCGUCUAGGGUGGGUACGUGAGGACCCCCCGCUCCCCAAAGGACACAGCAGCGGGGUUUCUCCUGGUUGUGCCACUAGGGCGUUUCAAAGGGGCUCGAGUCUUGUCACAGGCUUUUCCUCCCCACCUGGAAACGGACAGGAGAGAAGCGCCAAUCUUGUGUGUGUGAGUGUGUUUGUGGCUUUGAGUGCAGGUGCGAAUGUGUGUACAAAUAGGGUCGUCUUGGUGCAUUAUCGCAUGCAGGCGGCCCAUACCGCGUGCUGUUUGCAGUAGGCAUGCGUCGGUGUGACACCGUGUGUGUGUGUGCGUGCGUGUGCCCGGCUGGCUGGGUGACUGGGUGGCUGUAUGCAUGCGCACGCUUUGCUUGUGUUCCUGCUCAUUGGCCGGGUGCAGGGCGUGCCCUGGGGCCUGACGGCCAGCAGAGCAACCCCGAUACCCAGCUAGCCACGUGCGUCCCCAGGAGCUGCCCUGCCCAGGGCGGCUCCAGCUCUCGUCUGCUAGCAGCGAGACCAGCCCUGUGGCUGAGCCCGUCGCACGUGCUCUUCGUGGGGAAGGUAAAGCCCUGCACACUAGCCCAUCAGACUGCUUGAGCCAUUCUUCCCUGUCCAGCCCCCUGGGCUUCCACAGCCACAGCAUUGCCCUGAUGGUGCUGCCCAGAGCGCCCCAGAACCCAGCUCAGCUGACAUAAGGGGGGGGGCAGGCCCCACCAGCUGGGGAGGGCUCCGGGGAGCACACUGCAUGCAGAGCACCGGGGAGGAGGGCUCCUUCAGCUGAUGGAUGUGCGACCCCCCCCGAAUACACCCCCUCUUCAUCCACCAACCCCCCCCCUCCGCCGCCAGCUUCUCAGCAGAAACUCAUGGGGCACAGAAGGGCCCCAGCUGUUCCCUGCUCGCAGCCGCCUGAGAAGUGCUCCUGGGACAGGGGCCGGCCCAGGCAGGGGUCCCCCGCCAGCCAUGUGGUGACCAUCCCACUCCAACUAGUCUUCGAAGAAAUAAUAAAAUAAAGAAAUUUGUACAUUG